AUGGUGAUUUCCACGGGAAUUGUUGCAACGCUCUGGUUUCCGGUGAAUCCAGUCAGCUUCAGCAUCUCCGCCCUCUGCAUAUACAGCCUCUUUGCCGGGUGUUUAUUCGUGGUCUAUUGGCGUCUCUGGGUUUACAAUCACGAUGUCCUUCAUGUACUUUCAAAAAUGCAUUUCGGUGAAGGACAAUACUCACUUGGAGUUCGAUUUCAAGUCGAGGAGAACAUUCGAGCGAUAAAUCUUCUUCGUUGUUUUAUCAUUUUCAAUAUGGUCUUCAUUGGUUUCAAUUGUUUUUUUACGAUCGUCGCUCUCGAGAUUUUGGAUCCCGAGCAACCUAUUGCUCAAUUAGCCUUGGCUCUUCUCGAUCUUGUCAUCGCUGUCCCACCAUUUGCCCUUCUCUUCAUCAGUUUACAUCAAAUAAACGAUUGGGGAAAGCAUUUUCUUGAUGAUUUCUUCAAAAUAUUUGGACGAACUCCUCAACAAUCAUCCAAAAAUUCAAUCACUCCAAUAAAUCCUCUUCAAGAAACGGAAAUCUAUUUCACUUAUUAUAAAGAAAAUUGG